CCAAGAUUAGGAGGGGUGCACACUCCUGCAAGAAGAUAAACUUCACCUUUACUCAAAUUGUCAACUUUCAAUUUUAGAACGAGAAGUGACCGAGAAAGAGCCAGGCCUCUGUGCUCAUGCCCUUUCCGUCCUUCGUGAUGUUCAGAAACAAAAAGAAAACUUGGAAUGGAACUUACUGGCGUUAUCAAGAAGACAUGAUGAGCAAUAUCUGUACAGUAUAGUGGAGGAUGAGGAGUAAGUUCCCAUUAUAGACUAAUUUUUAAAGCUACAGAGCCUGGAAAAUGACCGGCAAAUUUUUAGGAUCAUCUUCAUAUCUUGUUUCUCUCGCAGAAUCAAUAGCGAUGCUUUGAGGAUUCGCAAGGAUGUGGCAAGGAAGAUCGAAGAGAUUGAUGCUGUAGUUCAGGUGCAUUAAAUUACGUCAUAGCACACUGAUAGUUUACCCAACCAAUCAGAGUGUAAUGAUUUUGUCUUGUUUAUCAUCGGAAUAAUUAGCAUCUCUUUACUAUUUUGCCACCCUUGACAUUAAUUUUAGGCAGAACUGUUGCAUGAAGAACAGCAACGAGCUCUGGAAAAUCAGGUGUCUGUAGAAAGAUCAAAACCUGCCAAGCAACAACGAUCAACUCACGGUGUUCCAAUGAGUACGGAGAAACGGGCGAAAUUGAGAAAUGCUGGCAAGGAGAACACACAAAGUCGUAUUAAAACUACUGCAAAACCAAAGGUAUGUUUAAACUUGCUCGUUUAUUUACUCCCACUGAUUUCAUACUACACUGGAUACAACUUACCUUGUUUAUCAAAAACGAAGCCAAUUUCAAAAUUCGAAAUUUCACUCCCGGGCCCCAAAGGCGUAAAAGCGAUCAAUAAUUUACCCAUUUAAGCUGGAGUUACACGAGCAAGAAAAUUGCUGCAACUUGCAACAAAAUCUGAUUUCAACGCAUGUUAAUUGAAAAUGUUUGCACAUAAAUUACAAAUCACAAGGCAACAUGUGUCGACAUUUCUACUUAACAUGCGUUGAAAUCAGAUUUUGUUGCAAGUUGCAGCAAUUUUGUUGCUCGUGUAACUCCAGCUUAACCACAUAAGACAAACACGUGACAUCAAAAGUUCUAUUUCUUUUGCAUCCAGUUUAACUCUACUAAACAUCGCAUAUUCCUUAGCUACUCGGUUUCCUCCAAUGAAAACACUAGACCAAAGAGAGAUCAUCCCUACUGGACCAGGAAGAGCAUUUUAGAACUGAUAGCAUAUCCUCUUUUUUGUAUUUCCUUAGAUCACCAAACCACCCACUAAGCCACCACUUAAACAUCCUGCAGUAAAGCGACCUUUAGAAGAUGUCACGUAUGUGUCACGUGUUUAUGGUCGUCCUGAUCACGUGACUGGUAGAACAACUACUAAACCAGAUCAGGCUCGCUACCAGUCUCCUGGAGUACUAAAACCGAACAGCAAAAGUACUGCUGCAAAGCGCAAGAGCACAAGUCCACCAAGGUUCAUAUCCACCUUGUUUUAUCCAUUAUUAUUAUUAUUCAGACUUACAGUAGCAUCGACAGACUUUUUUCGUAGCGAGAGUCAAAUACAUGUACGCUUAGCGCAACUAUUUUUUUUCAUAUGUAAGUAUGUAAUACUUCGGCUCCGUCGUACCAAGAAAUCUCAAACAUAAUUAAAAAAAUGAAGUCUGGAUCUUCUGCUUGCCCUUUCGACCAAGUCAGUAUAAUUAUACUUAAACGAUGUCUAUUUCUGGGAACCGUUCUACACUGUAUUUAUAGUACACUGCUGGGAAGGAAAAUUUGCUGCGCCAGCCCGGCUAGCCAGGAUGAAUCGUGUCACGAAAAUGUUUUCCUGACCGUAAAAGAUCGUUUGAAUGAACUUUAUAUUUAUAAUAGUUUUGUUUGUGGAAACACCACGUAAAUUUAUUACUGCAAAUUUACAUGGUGUUUCCACAAACAAAACUAUUAUAUGUUUUAUCGCCAUGCAAACGUACAAAGAACUUUAUAUUGUUACUGGAAUCAAACUAAGCUAAUUCAACUUUGAAAUGUCAUUUUGGAUGUUUAUCAAAGCCGUGAUAAGAACUUUAUUGUCUCCCCAGUUAAACCGGGCCAGCCCAGCUCCAUAUAUGAACAGCCCCCAAUUUUCAUUCUUACAGAUUCGACGAAUCAAGUUCCACUCUUUCUGAAGACUAUCAUCCUUCCACUCGCCGUGCGACAAAACCUAGGUACUACUUUCAGCCUGAUGCAGGCGCUGACCAAUCAGUGAUUGAGGCUCACUUCAAAGAGAACCAAGGACCUCUACCUGGUCAACUACUACCCAUGGCUAUCCCACUUGGGAAACCUAGAAUGGAUCCAGCUUUACGACUGCCACUCUUGAUUGGUGAAGGUGAGAAAAUUUUGCGUAAUCGACCCACCCUUAUCAUAGAAUAUCGGUCAAGUGGGGGACACGUUUGGAGAAGGAGGCAUUUCCCCCUCCUCCCUCUAGUCUCCCCUCAGUGGUAUAUAUUUCGUACGCUAUUCGCUUAUACAUAUUGAGGCAAUUUAUUUAAAACACGAGCAAGAGUGCUUUAUCAGCUUUUAUAUCUGAUAAAGCAUGGACUGCUGAUUGUUUUAAAUGGCUUAAAAAAGGACUCAUCCUAUAAGUUCAUCGCCGAAGUAAUUCAAAAAAUAAAUGUUGUCUAAGACGGGAAAAUUAAAGCUAAAGUUUACGUAAAUUAACAUGUUUUUUAUCACAUAUAAGACCUGCGACACAGUAGUGAUUUCUUUUCUCUUUUCCUCAGGAAUGAGUUCUUUAAAUCAUAUAGCAAAAAUCAAUAUCCGGUUUCAGUAGUAAAAUGCACAAUACCAGCAGCACCCCUCAUGAUACAUUUAUGUAAAAUGAAACGUUUUCUUCAUCAUUCAAAAUAGAAGGCUCAAGGUUACCUCAAACUGUGAUAGUCCGUUCUGAGGUGAAACAACCAAACGUUGCAGUCAUCACGUUGAAAGAUGAGGAAUGUCUUCAGAACUCUGACUCCGGCAUUAAAAAACAGAAAAAAACUGUUCCCAAGAAAAAAGAACGAGUGAACUUGGAGAAACAGGUACAUAGGAAGAUGGUUUCUUAUAAUUUAUUCCUUACGGCCGUUAAGGAAUGGAAGGAAGAAUUUAGGGAGCGUGAAUGGAAAAAUUAGGAAUUAUGUUGGAGGGGAGGUAAACCUAUGCAAGAUAAUCUGUAAAGUAAUAUGUUAAAAAUCUGCCCCUCCCCCAUCACAGGUGGAAAAAUCCUUAGAGCGACCAAAGGCUAAAGCAUAAAAAUUGUAUUCCACCACUCUUCUUUGAAAUUUCAGAUUGACACCUGCCCACCUGUCAUUUGGACGAGGAUUUUUAAUAGCUGGCGAAGAUUAAUUUGGUUGAGGAGAAAUAAAAUUAGUCUAGGGUUCCGGAAUGCCCCUACCCAUCAAAAUUUGAAAUCCUAUAAUCUCUGAAAUAGCAUUACCUGCAUUCUGGAAAAGAUGUCAACUGCAGCAAUCUAAUGGUAUCAGUAUAAGAGGGCUUAAGGUUUCUUCAUGACCUUUUAUCUAGAUUUUACCCAAUGUUGACAUCGAUACAUCAGCUGUCUCUGAAAUAAGCAGUGACAUCAGUGCUAUGGAAAGACGUAUGGAUACACGUAUGAUACUGGUAAUAACCUUAGUAGUCUCUACGAGACCUGUAUUAUUUUCUCAUUACCUGGUGAAUUUAAUAUUUUUUCUUUUUAAAGCCGAUUCCAGAUCCAUUACCCAGACCAGAUGCUUCAGAAUAUGACGAAUUUAAAGACUAUGAACAUGUUGGGAUUGUGGGGGAUGACCAGGACAGCGAGAAGGUAAUUGUGGAUAAUAAGGACACCUGUACUGAGAAUUCGAACGUAACGGAUUCCCGAAAGUAGCUUCCCCUCGUCAGGGCAGGAAAAAAUAAUUUUCUUCCUGGGAGCACAACCUGGAGACAAAAAUUUCCUGCAGACAAACGGAGAAUUUUUGUGCUAAAUCUGCACGUGCAUAAACAUAUGGUGUCCUAGCUGACCAUGGUUUUAAAUUCAAGGAAUAAUGUCUGUCAACCAUGCGUUGUUGCGCCCGUAUUGGGACAUGGGUGUUAAAGUUUCCUUCAAAUUUUCGAUAGCAAAUCUUCAUUCAAAGGAAUUCCCUGCAGCUGUUUAACAGUGCUCGCCUAUUUUUUCCACCCCUGUCUCUCGUACUGUUCAUCACAUGAUGAUAAAAUUGUAAAUUUAUUACAGAGUAAAACCCCAGUCGUUAAUGCACCUUUCUGCAAUCGGGCUCUUGUAUUAGGCAAUUAUCUGAUCAUGCUGUGUCUAUACAUUUUGUAGUCGAGUGUCCAUGGCGGAGAAAGUGUUAUUUCACUACACGGUGAAAGUCGAACAGGCAAACCAUCGUAUCAGGGACCAGCAUUUCCACCUCGCAAUAUCCCAAUAGAUAUACAGGAACCUGGUGGAUUUCAGGGGGUUCUGGAUGAUAUGAGGACACCGAGUGAAACUGUGGAACAUAAAGCUAGGGAACUGUAUGUACUUUGAGUCAAUCGAGGACGAGAGUUGAUGAGAGUUCCAACUCGCGCUCGUGUUUACCCACCAAGUCUGAUCGACUUUCAUGCACUCUCAUCAACAUUGAGCCUUUUCAAAUUUACUUCUUUAUUUAUUUAGAAUUGAGCAAGAAUUAUUAGCUCGUGUUGUUAGUGAAAUGUCUCCCUCACCACCAGACCCUACAUCACGCAUGCACAGACGUCCAUCGUCUCAAUCUCUUACAGAGAGCAGCGAUACUGAACCUGACUUAGCAGGUAAAGUACAUAGAUGACAGAUAGCCUAAUAAUAUGUGAAUAUGACUACUGCUAAUUACGGUUCACACUAGCGAUUUUGUCGGCAAUUUUUCUCUUCCUGACAGAUGCGAAUGAGUGAACUCGCAGCUAAAAGUAUGGAAUUGCUUUUUGGAAAAGCUCUAAGCCUUUUGCAUGUCACGCAUUCAAUCACAUCCACCACACUGGGAAAAAAAUGUGAAACCCAUACUAUGAAAUUUGCAAUUGCAAUUCGGGACUAUAUCCAUAGUAUGGAAAUAUACAAUUAUUAUGGAUAGUCAAAAUCCAUUCUAUUUGCAAUAAAGAUCCAUACAAUUUCCAUUUUAUGACCUUCCAUGGAUUUUCAAAAUUUUUUCAAUGCCAGGUGGAGAAAAAAUCUCCGACAAAAUUGCUAGUAUGAACCAGGCUUAACAAUAAUAAGCUUGUCUUUCUAAAGACAACUGUAAUAUAAUGUUGAGCAGUCUGUGCCAGUGUAGGUAGUGGCAAUAAUAAGAAAGCUUCGGAUUGGUAGGGAUGCAACUACCUGAAAAAUACAAGGAGAACUUGAAAGAUCUGUGCCAGUGUAGGUAGUGGCAAUAAUAAGAAAGCUUCGGAUUGGUAGGGAUGCAACUGCCUGAAAAAUACAAGAACUUCGCUUUCGCUUGAAAUGUCAAAGUUCUCCUUGUAUUUUUCAAGUAGUUGUAUCCUUAUCAAUCCGAAGCUUUCAUAAAUACAGGAAGAGAUUAUUUCGCUGGCCUCAGAGUGACAGAACGUAACAAAGCAACGAUUUUACUAACACUAACCCUACUCCUAACUCUAACCAUAACCUUAAUCCUUACCCUUAUCCUAACCCUAACCUAACCCUACUCCAAAUUUGUUUCUAAACCAAUCUUGAAGAAAAACGUUUUGACGAAAUGUCAUUCUGAGGUCAGCGAAAUAGUUGAUGCAAUAAAUACAACUGUAGUCUUCUCUCUAUUCAGCUGCCAUAGGACUGCGUGGUAUACAGUUGUUUGUAGAUGCUGGUAUUCCAGUGGACACAGAGUUGGUACGAAAUCUCAUUAUGGACGUUUUACAAGAGAAAGUUACCACCAUGCUUGGAUAUCCUAAACCUCAAAAACAUACUCCACCAGAAACGCAGGAGGUAAAUAAUUUGUUUAUUGUCGAAUCCAAACACCUUAUGAAGGUUAUGUGCAUGACAUCGUUGACGUAUUGUCAAAUAGAUCGUCAAAACUACAAAGUGACUUGUGGUGUGUGACUUGAAUUUUUUGCUGUAAAAUUAAUUUGUGAAUUUGGGAGUCGACUACUAAAUUUGGGGUACUGUCUCUCCCAAGUCUGAGUGUGCGCACCGUCCAAUGCGAUUUUUAUCACUGAAAUUGUGUGAAAAAUGGUAAAUUUACAGUGACAACUUUCAAAAGUCGCCCUUCACAUUGUUUAGAUAUCUAGAUUCUCUGACAUGAAAAGACAGUACCCCAAAGAAGGCGGAUAUUGACCUGCGUGAGAAUGGCUAAUUGUCACAUGUACAAUGCUCUAAUUCCAGCCCGAGGAUGAUUAUACUGAACCAGAAUCAGGAUCGGAAGAUUACUCCAGGGUUCAAACCCCGGUACGGACACCAAGCGCAGCCAGCCAACCAGAAUCACGUGCACUGUCACAUGUAUCCACGCCAGAUCGAACUCAAAGUCCGCUGUCCAUAUCAUCGACUCUUGAUGGCGCCAUAGACAAAAAUGUGACUGACGCCACUUCCGGUCACGUGGUCAUAGAUAAACACAGUGAUGAGAUUGAGGAAGGGUGAGUAGUUCCAUUCUAUGCCUACGUUAUCAGAACUGUGGUAACUAGGCAUGUCAGUUAUCCGAAAAUAUGAAUUGGGCAGCAAAGGUUUCUUCGGUUUUGACAAUUUUAUAAUCUUUAGGCCACUGGACGAUUCUGUUGACAAAAGUCCCAUAGUGACCCCUGUUGCCACCCCCAGUCCACCUGAGUCUGUUAUGUCCCUACCUACUCCUGACGAGUCCGAACAAGAGAAGGUCGAAAGCGAGGAAAAAUCUCCGGUAGAAACUCCCGAGAUUACUGUAUCUAUACGAGAUAAGACCCCGGAAGAAAAUCCCAAAGACCUGGAUGAAGAUGACCUGAAAGAGUAAGAGAAUGCAAAUUCUGUACUUUUUAAUUUGUAUACAAUCGAUCCUGAAAGAAAUAGUUGUGAAUUCCUAUCAUUUGCUGUUUCAUGUAUUUUUCCAACUUUCACAUUCAGACAAACAUUAGUCGAGGAUGAAGAUCAAGAGACUGGGACUGACAUACCUGUCAUAAAGUUCGAGCUGGAGCCUGAACCGAGUGAAACCAAAAUAACCAAUAGUCCAUCAAGUAUCACGACAACCACGUACUCCACGCAUAGCACCAUGGGAACGGUGGCGACUGAUGAUGAAAUAUCCGAAGGAGAACAAUUACAGGUUGGUGAAACGUUGAGCCCAUAUUCCACUAGGUCUACGCGAAUUUGUUCGCGCGAACAGUAAAAAUGCAGGAACUGAUCCAACUUCUUCGCGGCGAAUUUUUCGCUGACCAAUCACAUUGCCAAGAUUUGUUUUUUGCUUCGCAAAAACAAAUUCGCCUGGUGGAAAAUGAGCUUAAGACAAAAAUAUUAAAGUGACUCUUUGAAAAGGCCGAUUUACACAACACAACUUUUGCCUAAGACUGUCGCAUGCAAGGCUGCUGCUUACAACUUGAGUUGUACUGUGUAAAUCAAGCACACAACUCAUCUACGACAACAUAGAUGGGUUGUGUGCUUGAUUUACACAGUGCAACUCAAGUUGUAAGGAGGUUGCAUGCGACAGUUUUAGGCAAAAGUUGUGUUGUGUAAAUCGGCCUAAACACCGUCCAACGUCCUCUAAAAAAUAGCGUUGUCUUCACGAAGAAGGAAACUUUAGCGAAUUAAUUAGGUAAAGAAAAUUAUGAGUUGUUAAACUCGAUAUAAUUUUCACCAACAUUCCUUCUUAAAACGAAACACCAUUUUUCCCCUUUAAAACAGAAAAGAUUUAAAAAUAAAAAUUGUCUAGCUUAUAGAAAUCCAUAAGUUGUACUUUCAUAAUUUUGUGUUUUAGCCAUAUGUGCACGUUGGUCAGUAUAGCGAGGGAGAAUUUGUCGCACCCUCUGGCAUCAUGGGAAAUAUGACGACUUUACAUGAAAUACCAGAUGACAUCUUUGAUUCUUUUAAUACUUCAAGUAAGAUGAAUCAAUAUGAUAUUACUAACAUGGAUUCGAGAGAUUUGGUGGUUUAUGUGACUAUAUCUUCAUGUCUUCCCCCAAAUUAGCUUAGAAUAAUACACAUCCUAAUUAAACUAAAAUCCCGGUCCAACGAGGAUGAGAGUUAACAAGAGUUGCAACUCUCGCUCGCGUUUGACCGCAAAAAUAUAUUUUUUAUGUCUCGGGCUAACUGAUCUUUUCAAUUUCAUUAAAUUGCCGAUCUUUUUUCUUGUGACUAUAGGCCCGUUUACACUUGCAAUUUUUGCUGCGGUUUUAGGUGCGAUUUUCCACUUUUGAUGGAUGUGAACGAGUGGAUUCGUUAUGAAUUUUCAGAUGAGGGUACUUACAUACUCAGAACGUUCAUGGUUCAUCCACUCGUUCACAUCCAUCAGAAGAAGAAAAUCCCACUGGAAAUCGCAGCAAAAAUUGCAAGUGUAAACGGACCUUAGCACCCUGUUCUCUACUAAAUUUCCUUCCAUAAACCUCGUCCAAUCAUGGAACAUGUAAGAAAGAAAUAUGUAAAGCAUAUGUAAAGCAAUCAUUGCACAUCAAUUGCAGAUAAAAAGGUAGAUCCAGUAAAACAAGCAGUACAUGGUCUAUUGAAGUUAGAUGAUGCUUCAGAUGAGAGUACCCGGGCGUCUGAAGAGAAUACCAGUAGUGAAGGACAACGACGACUUCCCCCUGGUGGAUCACUUGCACAAGUAGGUUCUUUAGUUUAGUACAGAAAGCGCUUGUACAUCAAGGUUGAUCUGGUGGAGUGGUGAAGAUUUUUAUAUUUACGUUAAAUUUCUUAGAGUGUUCUCCAAGAAGAUCGAAGUGAAGGAGAAGUUGGAGGUGAUGUUGUGUCUACUUUACUAACCAGAAUACGACAGUCUGUAUGGCGUGGCAGACCUUCUGGUGAUGGUGAUAGGCAAGAUACUGCAAGUGUUGGAGAAAUUGAGGAGAGAUCUCAACAGCCAUGUAAGGUGUUCUUUAUUGCUAAAACAAAGUACUUUUGAGAACUAUACACCAAAAAGAUUUUAGGUUUUCUUUUCGUCGGAAAUAUGCGACAUACAAACAAAUUGCCUCUUAAAAUUACAACGGAAUUAACCAAAAUUAAGUAAAUCUUUCUCUCAGUUUUCCAGAGGCUACGCAGACCAAUACGAGAUGAAGACGAUUUAUCUGUGGGAGAAUUUACUACACAUGACCAUAAUACAGUCAAUAUGGAACCACUGCCAAUGCAGACGUUAGAUCGUCCCUCGGAUUCCGAUGAGAAUAAUAAUGACAGUCAACGAAGUAGUUCCAUUAGUGAAGUUCCUAAUCAGGUAACGUUUCACCUUUUAAUUUUAUGAUUCUCAUUUUGAAAUCUUUGCUGAUCUAAUAUCAUUGUUUGUGAUGUUACUCUGAGUGUAUAUCCACAUGGGGCAAGCUUGAAAAAUAUGCCUCGCCACGGUGGGUAUCGAACCUACGACCUUUGGAAUACUAGUCUAGCCCAAUGCUCUGCCAACUGAGCUACGCGGUCAGGUCGGUUUGAGCAUGUGAUAUUUCGGAACUGAGUCUAGUUCCUUCGAUAUCAAUGCAAUCUAGUAAUCAUGAAAUUUUCUGUGUUGGUGUUGUGUACAAUCAUAUUCACCUGAGUAUACACAACACCAAUACAGAAAAUUUCAUGAUCUAAUAUCGUUGAUGCGAAGUAUCGUUAAUAGGGAGCUUAAGCAAGCGACAUUUUUGUCAACACAGAUGUCAGAUGGGGUAGCCUCGCAUUAGCUCGGAAGAGUGAUUUUUAUUGGCUCGAUUUGACAAUUGCUUUUGUGUUCAGAACAAUGACAUUGCUUCGUUCUUUAGAAAACCCCCAUCCAAUUGGAGACGACCUUCCGAGGCACUGCGAGGCUUCCCGUCAGAUUGCCGGGGGGGGGGGGACUGGACUAAAAACUGUGUUUGUAUCAGUUUGUGGUAAUCCUCACCACAUAUGACAAAACAUAAGAUUUUUAAAGUGUUUUGUUUUCUUACAUAAGCGCUAUGAUACAAAAUACCGAAAUUGAAUUGAUGCAAAAUCAAUGAUUGAUGCAGAAUCAAAAUGAGGUUUUACGAAUUUUUGGGUGACGUCGGUUGACAAUAAAUCGCAGUGUUGAAACGUUUCUUUAAACUGACCAACUGUCUUUUUGUCAAAAUAGACAUGGGAUACCAACAUUAUCAUGGUGACUCCGAAGAAGGCUGCAGUACCAUUUGACCAGCAGAAACCACACCCUAAUACGAGCAAUUCUGAAGAAUCACCACAGGCGAACCCCGAACUCAACACCACGUUCCCGCGUGUUGUCCAUGUAGCAGAAGCACGUCACGUGAGUACGCCCACAGGAUUUUCUUCGAGUCCAGAACGGGGGUCUGGAUCCAAGGAUAAUGUAACGAUGGAAACGUUAUCAGAAAUCGACAUAGCCUCACAUGAUAGUCACGUGUCUGAUCACGUGACUGAUGUGUCUGAUCACCUGACUCCAAAACACGUGCCACCAGAUCGUGCUCGAAUACAGUUGACGUUACCCUCAGCUGAACCAAGUGUCAGCUUGAUCAGCGAGGGAGUGUUAGGAAGUGACGACUCAGCCGGAGAAAUAUCAUCCAUCUCCAGUGGUGAGAUUUAAAAGUUUAUCACCCGGCAAUUUUGUGCUCGUUUGUGUAAAACCUAGGGCAAACAUUGUUGCCGAAGCAUAGUGACUGUCAGAAACGUGUGCAGCUUCUUGAGUAAAUUGGUGAUUAAGGUUUUUACCACGACAAUUCAUGCAUUUAUUACUCUGCUAAACUCUUCGCCUUUCGCAUUACCAUGAUGCAUCAGAGGUUGAAAUUACCGGGCGAGGGACUGAGAAAAAUAUUAAAAUGAUUAAAGUAAUUCGAAAGCCUUAAAUAUCUCAAACAUUUCAUUCUGCUUUUGCAUAUAAACAAUUGUUUUUUCAUGUUAUUCAUAUAUAUACUACGAAGAGUAAUACUUCAUAACACAAAAUCCAACUACCUAUGGGUGGUAAUUGUUCAUAUGUUGUCUAUUAACUUGGACGAAGGACCUUCGUUCGAAACAUCGAAGUUCUCCUUGUAUUUUUCAGAUAUAGUGUCAACGAACAAACGAACAGAUAAACUGAUAAGACUGGCUGGCUUAAGACUCAUUUCCACUCAGGAAAAUUUUCCGUGGAAAGAAAAAUUUGUAAAAUGUGAUUGGCCGACACAUUUCCGUCGGAAAAAAAACUUGAAGUUGAAAAUUUUCAACUUUUAACAAUGAUAUUUUCGGAAAAUUUUCUGUUCGUGGAAAAUUUUCUUGAGUGCAAAUGAGCCUUUAGGUAUGACGUCAGUUAGUUGUGACGUCACCGCCCUAUUAACCGAAGUUUUGCAACUGAAUAAUAGCCAAUGUCAUUAAAUCGGUUGUCGCUGCUAUAUUUCUUACUCACUCUCUAAUGCAUGAAAGCGGGAAUAAAUUAAAUCGCGAUUGACAAUGUUGUUUAAUCGCAGGUUUAAUAGAGCGACUUGAUAUUAAAUUUGGCGACCUUAUUCAUGGUGACCCCAAUUAUUCAAUAUUCAAGUGAACAAUUAGCAUAAUUUGCGCUAUCUGAUUGUUAAUUAUUGGUCUUGCUCAUUGUUGUGAGUAUUUUCUUAAAUUUGGC